GCGUUCAAUCUGUAAAAAGUUAAAAACCAAUUAGUCCUAUCUCGCGCUCACCCUCGCCACUCGCCGUCACCGUCACCGUCACCGUCACCGUCACCGUGACUCACGGGCAAGGUUAUGAACUUAUGAUACAGUUCUGGACACGACCGACCGAGUAAUGGAGGAGGGACGUCAAAAGGACUUGCAGUUUUUGGAAGAAAUCAUCGAUAAAGGUUUAAAACAGAAGCUUUUACAGACUAUUGCUUCACGUGACAACAUCUUUGAAGAUCAAAAAGCACUCUCUGAUUUGCGGAAAAACCUUGAAACUCUGGAGAAAAAUGGUGUAAAUAGUCUCAGAACGACGGUCAACCUCGGUUCAGAAGUUUACAUGCAAGCUGAAGUGCCAGAUACAAGGCACGUAUUCAUGGAUGUAGGGCUCGGCUUUUAUGUGGAGUUUACCCGGCAAGAAGCUCUUGACUAUAUUCCACAAAGGGAGGAAAGAGUUCAAAAACACUUAGAAGAAGUAACUGGUGUAAUUGCGCAGAUCAAAGGGCGCAUCAAGCUGGCUCAUCACCAGAUUCAGCAGAUACUAAAUCUUCCAGACGAGAAUCCAUCAUCAUACAGGCAACAACAUGCGUUUCAGUACUGAUCAUGGGGAGAGAAAAACAAAAGAAGAUUGUUAUUGCCCUCUCUCUGUUGAUUGGGUUUUGCAAGCCCCCUGUUUUUGUCUUUUUUCUGUAAACAUGAGAUGUUCUAGUGAAUGAAACUCAUCGAGCAUAUACUAUAUAACGAGUUGAUACAUACACUUGCGUAUAUAUAUAUAUAUAUAUAUAUGAUCGUUGUUUAGAGUGGAAAUACUAUUAAACA